CCGUCAAACUACUAAACUUUUAUAUGCGAUAAGUAAUGAUGUUGACAAGCGUUAGUACGGAGUUUGUUUACUGAUCAAAUGUUCUCCGAUGUCUGAGAUCCAGCUGGAAUUAUCAAUAUGAGUAAAGUAUGUUAUAUUUAUGAUUGACUCGCCGAUAAGUAAUAAUUAAUUGUCUGGAAGAGCAGCAAAAUGCCGUACCAUUGGCAGAGCCACAAUGUCAAGACCAGUGGGGUCGACGACAUGGUGCUCCUCCAGAAGAUCUCGGAGGCAGCCAUUCUCGACAACAUCAAAAAACGUUAUAUGGACGAUUGUAUCUAUACUUACAUUGGUCCAGUGCUGGUGUCGGUCAACCCCUUCAAACAGCUCAAUAUCUUUACUGAUCGAGAGGUGGAGCAGUACCAAGGAGCGGCCCAGUAUGAAAAUCCACCACAUGUGUAUGCCCUGGCCGACAAUAUGUACAGGAACAUGUUGAUAGAUAUGGAGAACCAAUGUGUCAUCAUCAGCGGAGAGAGUGGUGCUGGAAAAACAGUAGCAGCCAAAUACAUUAUGGGCUUCAUUGCCAAAGUUUCGGGAGGAGGUGAAAAAGUACAGAAAGUCAAAGAUGUUAUUCUUGAGUCUAACCCAUUGCUAGAGGCUUUUGGGAAUGCCAAGACAGUCCGCAACAAUAACUCCAGUCGAUUUGGUAAAUAUGUAGAAAUCCAAUUCAGUAGAGGAGGCGAGCCAGACGGUGGUAAAAUAUCCAACUUCCUACUGGAGAAGACCCGUGUGGUAAGCCAGAACCGCAGCGAAAGAAACUUUCAUAUCUUCUACCAGAUAUGUGCUGGGGCUGAUGCAUCACAGAAAGAGAGUUUAGGUGUUACCACACCGGAUUAUUAUAUGUACCUGAACCAAAGCGGGACCUACACAGUGGACGGUACUGAUGAUGUUGCCGAGUACAAGGACACCAUGCAUGCCAUGCACACAGUGGGUAUGGCGGAUGAGACGAUAGAAGAUGUGAUAUGUGUUGUGGCUGGUAUACUUCACUUGGGAAACAUUGCCUUUCAAGAGGAUGGAAACUACGCCAAAGUGGCCAAUGAAGAUUUCCUUGACUACCCAGCUUACCUGCUCGGAGUGGACAAAGAGUACCUCAGGACAAAACUGACCAGUCGAGACAUGGACAGUAAAUGGGGAGGCAAAUCCGAGGUUAUCCAUGUGACACUGAAUGUGGAGCAGGCAGAAUUCUCACGUGAUGCUCUGGCUAAGGCCCUGUACAGUCGAAUGUUUGACUACCUUGUCGAGGCGGUCAACCGUGCCAUGAGGAAAGACAAAGAAGAGAUCAACAUAGGCAUCCUUGAUAUUUACGGGUUCGAAAUUUUCGAGAAGAAUGGAUUUGAACAGUUCUGUAUUAAUUACGUCAACGAAAAACUACAGCAGAUUUUUAUAGAGCUUACACUGAAGGCAGAACAGGAGGAGUAUGUACAGGAAGGGAUAAAGUGGACACCCAUCGAAUACUUCAACAACAAAGUCGUCUGUGAUGUCAUAGAGACCAAACAGCCACCCGGCAUUAUGUGUAUCCUUGAUGACGUGUGUGCCACUAUGCAUGCAGUGUCGGAGGGAGCAGACAGUACGCUGUUACAGAAACUUGGAGCUGGUAUCGGGACACACGACCACUAUCAGCCAAGUGGAAUGGGCUUCAUCAUACAUCACUACGCUGGCAAGGUGACAUAUGAUGUGGAUGGCUUCUGUGAAAGAAACAGGGAUGUAUUGUUCAAAGAUCUCGUACAAUUGAUGCAGUCAAGUAAUAAUGACUAUAUCAGAAACCUGUUCCCAGAGGAUGUUAGUAAACAAACCAAAGGUCGCUCCAGUACAGCCAGCUCUAAGAUAAAGUCUCAAGCCAACAAGCUGGUAGAUACCUUAAUGAGAUGUACACCCCAUUACAUUCGUUGCAUCAAACCCAAUGAAACAAAAAGGCCGAGGGACUUUGAGGAUAGCAGGGUGAAACAUCAGGUCGAGUACUUGGGACUGAAGGAGAAUAUACGAGUACGCCGAGCUGGUUUCGCAUACAGAAGGGAGUUUUCAAAGUUUUUACGAAGGUAUGCUAUCUUGACAACGGAAACAUGGCCAUCCUGGCGUGGGGACCCCAAACAAGGAAUCAAGCAUCUCAUGGACACAGUUAACAUGGACAAGGACCAAUGGCAGCUCGGCAAAACCAAAGUCUUCGUCAAAAAUCCUGAAUCUCUAUUUUUGUUGGAAGAAAUGAGAGAGCGGAAGUUUGAUCACUAUGCCAGGAAGAUACAGAAAGCAUACCGUCGCUAUCAUGCCCGCAAAACAUACUUCAAACUCCGAGAAGAGGCGUCGGACAUCUUGUUCCAGAAGAAGGAGAGACGGCGCUUCAGUAUAAACCGAAACUUUGUCGGGGAUUAUCUGGGCCUGGAUGAUCACCCUGGCAUCAGGGCCCUACUAGGGAAACGUGAACGCGUGGAAUUUGCAGAUACUGUGCUUAAAUUUGAUAGACGUUUCAAGAUUGCAAAGCGAGAUCUCAUUCUCACAGCUAAGAGUGUUUACCUAGUGGGAAGAGAAGUGAUUAAGAAGGGGCCUGACAAGGGAACAAUGAUUGAAGUAAUAAAACGAAGUAUUCCGCUUGAAGAUAUAAGUCAUGUCUGUUUGAGUACCCUACAGGAUGACCUGUUCGUCCUACAUAUACAGAAUGACUAUGCUAGUUUACUGGAAUCAGUAUUCAAGACAGAAUUCCUGUCCACACUGUCGAAACGCUACAAAGACAAAACCAGUAAGGAGCUUCGGACACAGUUCAGCGACGUGAUAGAGUUUCCAAUAAAGAAGGAAGGCUGGGGAGGAGGCGGUACAAGGAGUAUCAAGUUUAGUAAACUUGGACAGCCACAGGACGUAGCUGUGAUGAAGCCGUCCAGUAAAGUGCUCAAUGUUACCAUAGGACCAGGCCUUCCUAAGGACUCUCGGCCUGGAAAAAAGAAAAUGCAUGUCAGUAAUGGUACUUUGAGAAGGAAAAAUCCACCAAGCAGAUCUGCUCCUACAGCACCUCCUCCAUCACGAGGGGCUCCACCCCCACCCACAUCCAACCCUCCUAGUCUUGCUAACCGCCGAUCUCGUCGCCUCAGUGACAAAACACCAUCGCUGCCACGAGAUGGUGCCCAGAAAAAAGCUAAGAAGAUCAACGAAGCGUUGAUCAACAACAAUAAUAACUUUAUGGCAACACCAGACGCUGGUUAUUCAGGUCUUCAGCGUAUUGACCAAGAACGAAUGAGCGAUGUACAGAGGAACAGAAGUAGUACCAAAAAGCCUAGUCCUGCUGGGGGGCGUCCAAAACCCCCAGCUGCCCCCAAACCCAAACCUGCCUUCCCUCAGUGUCGCUGUCUAUAUGCCUACGACGCCCAGGAUGUUGAUGAGCUGAGCUUCAAUGAGGGUGACGUCAUAGAGAUCGUAAAAGAAGAGGCGACUGGCUGGUGGACAGGAAAGCUACGAGCAAAACAGGGUCUGUUUCCAGCAAACUAUGUGGAAAAGCUGUGAUAGGCAGAGCUGUGAUCUCCUGGACAUUCCUAUAGAAAACUAUGCAACUUUUCUACAAAGUGCUGGCCACACAUAGGGUUGGUCAGUGUGGGGACAGUGGACCUGUGUUAUACUCGUACCGAAGUGAGAAGAUAGGCUGGCAGACAAAGGGGGAGGGUGACAGUGCCAUACUGCAAUGUGGAUGUGGACCAAGAGACUGCUUUGAUGUGGAUGGACAGAUUGCAAUGUUAGGGAUGUGCUCCAACAGACAGCAACAAUGUGAAGAUGGGCUGACACACAAUAUUGGGUAGAAGCCCCAACUUAUAGGGUAUAGUCGUAAUGACCGACAGUACUAUAACAAAUGUUAGUCUUAAGACUGGGAGUUUAUGGGGUAAUAGGUAGCAUCGUUCUGUAGUCUGUGUGUGUCAUCACGCAGGAUUUGAAUUCGUCUGUAUGACAUACUUCUUUGGUCAUACAGUUAAUGCCGCUGAUAAAAACUGAUAAGUGAAGAUCAGAAAUUUGAAGGUUCAUGAAGAAAUAUUGAUAUUGUAUACAGGUUUAUAUGCGAUAAAUCCUUCUUAUAGCGCCAGUACUUCUUCAGAAAAGAAUUGUUAAGAAGGAAAGUAAGAUCAAUGCUGCAUAUGACAAUAUAUUGAGGGUUCAAUGGAUUGCUAUAGUUUUCUACACGGCCUGCAUAUUGGAUUUUAUAAAGUAUAGCUCUGAUAUCAUUAGGCUUUGAUACAGAUAAUUAAAUCAAAGCUCAUAUAGGGAAACUUAGAGUUAGAUCCGUCAAUGAACGCAUGACCAUGUAAAAUCAUACUACUAUAAAAACACAAGUAGGUACUGUUAUAUACUUGUUAAGAUGUGAGAGUGUUUGUGAUAUAAGUGUUUGUUGAUGUUUGUCCAUAUUACAACACCUUCAGGUGAUGAUUGUUAAUUUAACACAGUGACCUUUGACAUUAGUUAUUCCUCAAUAUAAUGUAGGGGGCCUUAUGUACUAGGGUUAUAUAGAAGUACCUUAUCUGUCUGUAAUCUUUGAGGACAACGUCAUCGUCAGGACUCAAAUUAUUAUCACACGACACUUAAUGUUAGGGCAGCACUAUAUUGUAUUAUCACAUGACACUUAAUGUUAGGGCAGCACUCUAUUGUAAAUAUACAGUCAAACCUGCUCUAACGGCUGCCUGUAUAUAACGACCACCUGUAUAUAACGACCACCUGUCUAUAACGACCGAUUUUAAGAAUCCCCGUGAGAUUAUACUAUAUAAAAUAUUACUGUAUGGCAAGUAUUCAAGAAAAUAUUCUCAUGCUCAAACAUGAAUACUGUACUCAAGGUAAUUUUCUGAAAACUCGCCUAAAUCAUGAAAUAGCAGUUUUAAAAAAAGAAAAACUGAAGCUUCAAAAAUAAUUUUUCACUUGACGUCUUUCCGAAAAGCUAAAAUACUUUCAAAUAAUUGAAAAAAAUUGAAUUUGUGUUUCCUAUUUAUUACCUAGAGUCUGAACAUAAUUUGUGACUUUGAUCAUGAGGACGGUUUCAUGAAUACGGCCCAAAAGUCACAUAAUGUUGGAUUUACAUGCCUACAUUAACUGUUUAAGCUCAGAUUGAAAAUUGUCACUGCUAUCAAACACUGAUAAGACCGUGUUUGAAUCAGUGUUUUUGAGAAGUUUGAAUACAGAAAUGGGAAAGUUACUACAUAAAAAAGUCCCUUUGCAAAUUAAUCAUGAUUUAUCCAAUACAUAUUUCUGAGGAGUUUGAUCAUCUAUGCAAAAAAUGAUAUAAUGUUCAGAAAAAAUCCAAUAUUUUUCUUUAAAAUAUUUUUAUAUUUCUAUCAUCAGAGGAAAUAUACAUUAUGAAAAUUUUCUAUAUGUGGAACUUUGAUAUGCAUGAUUAAAUACAUGGUAGUUUUGAGGAUGUUUAUUGAGAAGCUCCGAAUGACAUGUUAUAGAAAUUUACACCAAGUUCUGGCCGUCCUGUUUUUGUAUCCACAGUGGUUUUCACACAACACACACGUAAUGUGCCUUCAUCACGGUGAUAUAGAAAUACGUAUUAUUGAUUAUCGUAACCACACCACGCCACAUUGUACUAGAGAGUGGUGUUCGGUGGUAAGUCAUUCAACAAUAUACUUGUAGAUAUUUCAGUAGAUUUAUCUGUUAUUUGUAGGACUGAUUAUGGCUGUUUAAUUAUUACAUACCAUAUAAUAGGAAAUGUUCAUUGUGUAUAAACUCUCAUUGUUUUUUUUAUAGUUGCUAUGGAAACAAAAAUAUAAAUACAAAUGUAUGUACAAAUAUUAUUGUUGGAUUGGCUAACCACAACAGUUUGUGUCCACGAAAGCUCCAAACCAUGAGUGAAAAAUACACAUGAACAUUUCAUGUUGUACUACAGUACAUUUCAGACUAACUUUCAUUCCAGAAUGAAAAAGAAGCAAUUUUAAUGUAAAUCGUCUGUGGCAAAGGGAAAAAUAUACCUGUACAUAUACAAAGAAGUAUAUAUUAAACUGUAAAAAUACUUACAUAUUACAGCAUAGAUGUUUUAGAUCUAAAACAGUAGAUUUAAAAUUUAACAUAUUACGGUUUUGAGUAGUGCUAUACUAAAGCUGAUUAAAGCAUGCAUUAUAGAGUCAUCAGUGAUUUAUAUUUACCAAUAUUAUUAACCUCUAUCAAUAAAAAAAAGCUCCUAAAACCUCUGUUAACCACAUCAACCACAUCCAUAUAUAGACUGUUUAUCUUUAGUUUUCAGUAAUUAAUUAAAAGGUCAUAACAAAUGUAUUAAAUUAAACUAAUAAAUACCUAGUUUACAAUUACAGAAGUUGUAUUAUCUUAAAAUAUAUACAUCAUCUGACAAGCUGUCUGAUUUAAACAACCAAUAAUUGGUGCCAUAGAUUUGUUUAUUUGCAUAUUACAUAGUUUAUCAAUGUAUACCUUUAUUCAUUUAGUAUAAGUUGGUUUUUUGGGUUUUUUUUUAUGAAGGCUACAAACACUCAGUCCGAUAAAAUUUGUCUCUUAAAAUUACAUUUAUUUUUGGAAAGUAUUUGCAAACAUUGGUAAGUUACUGAAGGUGGAGUUUGGCACAGGAAUUCAUUCUUUUAUAGAAUUGUCUCAUGAGAAAAAUACAACGGGUGUAUAUAAUAAGCAUAUAUUUGUAAUAACUUUUCCAAGGAGAAUUAUAAUGCCUAGAAAUCCUUUAUUGUAAAUACCGGUUUAGUAUUUUAAAUCUCCACUUUGUAAAGAAGAAAAUGUAUUUAGAUAUAUAGCCAGGAUAUAGAUGGUGAUGACAGGAUUUUGUGCUCAGAUGUUAAAUUGUUAUCGUAUAUAUUGUAGGUAGAGUGAUUUGUAAUUUGAUAUUCAGUGACUAAUGUAGGAAUUCUUUAAAGUAUAACAUCCUGAAUUUAUUCGUUUAAAGAAAUAAAAACAUUCCUUAUACAUAUGUUAAUACUAUUAUCUAUGUAUUAGUUAUAUGAAGAUAAUUUAAGGAGAUGUGUACAUUUUAGUUUAGGUAUAAGGUGUAUAUACAGAUCAAGAGCUCGAGAAUGUUAUUCAUCGUAAUACAGUACAUAUUAGAUAAAAUAGUCAAGAUAAAAAUAACACUGCAUGUAGAACUAUGGGAAUUAGUCUGUUGUAAAGUAUGGCCUUGAAUCAAAGGGAGAUUACUCUUGUCUUAAAUCUCAGAUUUGUAUCAUAGCAUGCCAUGGCCUUGGAUCAAAGGGAAAACAUUUUCUCAAUUCUUAUUCUUUCACAAUUCCAUCGCAGACUUGUAUCAUAAAAUUAACUUGGGUCAACAAGAGUCUAUUCUUGUCUCAAUUCCCACGCAGACUUUACCUUGGAUCAAAGGGAGACCAUUCUUGUCUCGGUCCUCAUGCAGACAUGUAAUGUUUGAAAGCUUGGUUUUAGAUAAAGGGAGACAAUUCUUGUCUCAAUUCUCAUGCAAACCUGUAUCAUAGAAUUACCUUGGAUCAAAGGGAGACUAUUCUUGUCUCGAUUCUCAUGCAAGCUUGUAUCAAAGAAUUACCUUGGAUCAAAGGGAGACCAUUCUUGUCUUGAUUCUCAUGCAAGCUUGUAUCAUAGAAUUACCUUGGAUCAAAGGGAGACUAUUCUUGUCUCGAUUCUCAUGCAAGCUUGUAUCAUAGAAUUACCUUGGAUCAAAGGGAGAAGAUAUUCUUGUAUCGUUUCUAAAACUUGUGUUGGAGAAGCAUUCUUUGCUUAUGAUUGAGGAAAUAUCCAUGGCAUGUUUUCCUGAACUUACCAGUAAUACUACCAAUAAAUAUGAAUACCUUUUUGAAUUUGAUAAAAAAUAGUGCUGUCAGAAGAUUUUUUCACCAUCGAUCGUCUAGUCUUGUUACUUUAUCUCAUUAAAUAAAUCUCAUUUUUUAGAUAAUUCAAAUUAUAAUUACACCGUCUUUUGUCUAAAAAUUGGCUAAAGCUAUAAAUAAUAGUGUUUUUGAAAUUGAUGACACUUUGAUGUUAUCCUUGUAGGUAAUUUAACAGCAUGUUACUGUGUGAAAUCUUUAAAAUUAUUGACAAUCUAUUUGAUAAUUUGCUUAUCAUUCAAAAAUAACACAAAAUGAAGUACAUUAUUUUAUGACUAGAAGAAUGAAGAUGUUAUCAAGGAGUGUUAACAGGUUGUUCACCCUUAAACAUACAUGUAUGUAUGUACAUGCUAAAACUAGUGCUGAGUGUGAUGUUUUUAAGUCUAUAAUUACUGCUAUAUCUAGUACACAGUUUUACUUAUAUACCGUGAUAUUUUAUUAUAUAUUUUUUUUCUUUUUUUUGAAAUUUCAAAGUUAGUUUCUCACUACUAAAAUAUUGACUCCUAUUUUAAUGAGGUUAUAUGAACAAUUUCAAAAUCAUUUUUCUCCAAUAUUUAUGUAUAAGAAAGCUACUUUCAUUGAUAGUUGAGAAAAUUAAAUGAUGCAUAUGUUCAUAUUAUUAUUCACAUGGCGUUGCCUAAGAUUUAAUAUUACAAAUUGGUGAAUCAGCGAUCUGAUAGUAAACAUGUAACUAAGGGUCACUUCAAUCCUUUAUACAUGAUUAUUUUUAUUAUUAGCUUUUUGUUGUUCUUUUAUUUCUGUUAUAGUUUUGUAUAAUAUAUUUACAUCAUGAAUCUUCUGUGACGUUUUAUCACUGCUGAGUUUCCUCCCUUUGUGGGAAUUCUUUGGUGGAUAAUAAAAGUAAAAUUUUAAUGGCGCUGUAUUACCAAAACAGUACAUGAUAGCUGCAUGGUUAGUCAAUUUUAGGAAUAUUUUUUUUUUAUUUAUUGAAGAUAAUUGGAAAAAAAUGAAGCAAUAAUACGAAGUAUCCAAUCAAUUUCGUUGUUAUUUUUGUUUGUUGGUCAAGAUAAACAUGUUUUCCUCAGUCCUGGGGAAAAUGGAAUAUUACUGUAUCAGAUAUAUUUUGUAUAAACAAGGCUUACAAUUAUGUUCAAUCUCUAACUUAGGUAAGCAAAUGAGUUACCGUUAAUUACAAAAAUAUGUCCUUUUAAAAAAUGAAUAAAUGAACUGACGUAAAUGAAAACAACACCAGUGAAAUAUAAACAAUAUCAAAAUUUUACAGUAAGAGUGUAAAUGGGAUAAAAUGUACUUUAGUAAUAAAGUUUGUAGAAGGUAAGUGAGUCCUCCUAUAUAUGUCUUGUUUAUAUAUAUAGAUAGAUAUCAGGUAUUAGUUAUAGCUAGGUUAUAUGUAAGUAUUCAUUUUAUUAUUUGUAUGGUAGGUACUGCAUAUACCCAGGUACAAAAUAUGAAUACAAUGGGUCGUUGUAUUUCUGGUAUGAUAUACAAUGUACAAUGUAUACUUUUUAUAAUCGAUACAAUGUAUACUUUUUAUAAUAGAUUAAAAUGUACAAUGUAUACUUUACAUAAUUGGUACAAUGUACAAUGCCUACUUUGUAUUAUAGAUACAAUGUACAAUGCCUACUUUGUAUUAUAGAUACAAUGUACAAUGCCUACUUUGUAUUAUAGAUACAAUGUACAAUUUAUGCUUUUUAUAAUAGAUACAAUGUACAUUACAGAAAUGUACUAUUAUAUGGUGUGAAGAUGUAAAUGAUGUAACUUUCAAAUUUUGUACAGUCUCAAUAUCUACAAAUAUUCAUCGAAAUAAAAUUUACAGUGUACAUAUACACGUUUUACUUUAAAUAGUAGUUUCAGCUUGUGUACAUAUCUAUCAUUCAUAUAAAAUGAAAUAUCUUGUAUAACAAUUUUGUUAACUCUAGUGACAUAUGCUAUAUAUUCCUCCUUUGUCUUUCAAGUACAAUACACCAUGUAUAUCAGCUCUGUUGCAAUCAUGACCUAAUUAUUAGAGUGAUAAGAGAUAUUUUUUAUAGAAGUCUGUCAAUAAUUAUACUUGUUAUCAAUAAAAUUGAUUGACUCUUUG